AUGUUCCCCGCACCAUGUUCAUCCUCCACCGACUCCUCGUCUUCAACAGCAGAACCGUCCGAAUCAUCUCCAUCCGACCAACCCAAUUCAUUCGAAGGGCAGGCGCGGCAGAUCGUGGGGGAAGGAGUUGGAGAAGUGGAGGACAUGCAGUCGGAGCUUCCCUCCGGCAUCGCGAUCAAAGAGAAGAGGAGGAAAAAGCUUUGCGAAGGCAGGAAGAUACUGAAGCGAGGGGACACGAACCCUAUCAUGGUCAUGGUUGGUUUUCUACGUGCUGAAAGGUGGGACCCACAAAAUAUAAUCGCGAUAUUUCGGAUAGCGGAGGAAGCGCGGCCCUUUACGAACAGAAAAGGUUACCAAGGCUCCGCGGGUGAUAAGAAGCUUCGCAUAUUCCUUGAGCUGAUGACCAAAGGUUCACUUGCAACCAUUUAUCACAAAUAUAACUCAAGAGAUUCCCAAGUCUCUGUAUACACUAGGCAAAUUUUAAAUGGUUUAAAGUAUCUUCAUGACCAGAAUGUGGUCCACAAAGGGAUACAAUGUGCCAACAUACCGGUUGAUGCAAGUGGAUCCGUGAAACUCGCAGACUUUGGAUUGGCAAAGGCCACUGAAAUGAAUGUGGCUAAAUACUUCGAAGGAACUCAUUUGUGGACGGCGCCUGAGGUCUUCAAAAAUGUAAACAACAGAAGCUAUGGGUUGGCAGCUGAUAUUUGGAGCCUAGGGUGCACUGUUUUAGAGAUAUUAACACGUGAGGGUCAAUAUUCUGACUUUGAACCGGGUUACUUAUUUGUAUUUGGAAGUAACCAUGAUUCCAGAAUGAUCAAUGCAGAUGAUUGCUUGAAGCAUGAUGCCCUUAGAUUUGUUACAAAUCUUAUUGAUUUAUCCGGCUGUCAUAUGUUAGUUCCCCCUGGAUUUGUGAUUAACAAUAGCGUCUCAUACGUUUUCGUUCUUGAGGCGGCAAGAGCAAGCAUUGGAGAAAAUUCGCAAGGGCGAACCUCCUCCGCUUCCGAAAUCAUUAUCAAAAGAUGCUCGAGACUUCAUCCGCAGAUGCUUGCGGCGAAAUCCAAAGAAUCGGCCUUCUGCAGCGCAGUUGCUAGACCAUCCCUUUGUGAAGAAGUGAGGAAGCCACCUACUUCUGGUUUUGCUUGA